AUGAACAUUGAAAAGCUAAAUGCGGUAAAAAAGUAUGUUCAGAAUUUUGAUCAUAAAAAUGCUGACGAAAGCAUAAGCAAUUUUGUUCAAUUACUAAAGGCAAUAGAUAUAAAAAUGGUUGUGUUUGAUUUUGACCUUACUAUAAUCGGUGCCCAUUCAGGAGGAUAUAUUGAUAAAUCAAAUGAUGUUGAUAAUAUUGGAACGUCUGUAUCUGAGCAUUUUAAAAUAUUUUCAAAGGCUUUAUAUGCCAAUGAUAUUAAAAUUACAGUGGCUACUUUUUCAGAUGAAGAAGCUAUUCGAUAUAAUAAAAGCAGAUCAUCAAAUUUAAUUGCAGGUACAGAAUUAGUUCAAUUCUGUAUAAAGAAAAGUAAAUGUGAAACAAAAAUUGAAAAGGUUUACGCCUAUUACCCAUAUUAUUAUAAGGAACCGAAAAAAUACAGGGCAUUGGGAUUGGAUAAACCUAUGACAAAUGAUAAGUCAUAUCAUUUAGAAAGAAUAAGACGAGAAUUUUUUGUCAAUAUUGAUGAAAUAAUAUUUAUAGAUGAUGAUAUGAAUAAUUGUAUAUCAGCUCGUAAAGAAGGUUAUAUUACCUUUAAUGUAACUGGAAAGGAUGGAUUUAAUUUUAAGAAUAUACAAAUUUUAUAG